AUGGUAUCUACUUCAGCUGAUAUUGGAUCACCAAAAAUUAUAACCAAUAUUGAUACCAUAUCAGUACGUAGGUUAAUAAUUGCAGGUGUAUUAUGUUUUAUUGCUUUAAUAGUUGCAAUUAUAGUUGGAGCAACAGGACCAGAGGUUUAUGAAUCAGUAUCAUAUAAUCUUUAUCAAUGUCCUGAUAAUAUUCAUAUCUAUUCAACAAAUUGUACAGGUAGUCAAUUAUAUCCAGGUAGUGGACCAUGGUCACAAUAUUUUGACCCAAUUACAUCAUUAAAUAAAUUUUGGGCAUUACAAGCAACACCAUAUUCAAAUAAUUUAACAACAUUUACAACUGAACAAGUUACAUUUUCAGUUAUAAUCUAUGAUGGUCAAGGUAAUGUUGUAAAAUCACAAAAUUCAACACAAACCGUAGUAUGUAAUACAGGAUUUGGACAAUGUAAUACAUUCACAUUAAUUGAUGAAGAGGAUUUAGAAUCAAUGUCAUAUGCAGUCGAUAUUUCAAUCGUUAGUGAAAAUACAACAAUCGUUGGUGACAUUGAUUUCGAUGUUUGGAGAAAUAGUAGUUCUUUCUCAAGUUUUGAAAUUGUAACUCAUUUAACACUCUUAAUCAUCUCUUCCAUUGCAAUCAUUGGUUUUUUAAUUGCAAUGAGAUCAUUCUCAUUAAUUAAUUGGGCAUUUGAACAAAAAUUCUUAUUUGCAUUAUUUUUUGGAAUUUUAUUAGCAAAUAAUCCAUUUUAUGGUAUACAAUAUGCGACACAAGGUGCAUUUUUCCCAUUUUUAAAUGCAUUUUUUGAUGUGAUAUUCUUAUCAAUAUUUUCAUUAUAUUCAUUAAUGGUUUUAGAUCGUAUUAGAUUGGAGAGUAAGAAAGUUGAAUGGGAUUAUUCGACAAUUAGUAAGAUAGUGGUUGUUGUGAUUUUCAUGAUUUUAGGGUUAAUUCUAUUCAGUUGGAUCAAUGUUAGAGAUCGUAAAGAUCCAAUCAUUGGUUCUGCAACUUCUGAAAGUGGUAUUCAAGCUUUGUUUUAUUUGGUUGCAACAGUUUUCAUUUGUAUUUUAUUAUGGAUUUUAUUAUUGGUUAUUACAGCUUUCCCUAUCGCUUAUGCUCGUCAAUAUCUUUUCGCUAAAUAUUUAUUCACCGCUGUUCCAAUUGUUGUUUUUGUAAUUUCAAUUUUAAUUGGUAUUAUCGCUGGUACUUUUGGUCCACUUAAUCCAAAUUCAUUAAGUGUAAUGUAUUUCAAUGUCUUAAAUAAUGUAUUUGUAGCUAUUGUAGCAUAUUCUUAUUGGCCAAACGCAAAUCCAUUCCAUAAAGGUGUUAUGGGAAGUGGAGAAGAGCAAAGUUUAGUCUACCAAGAUGAUGAAAUUUAA